AUGAGCCUGACCACAACGACGAGCUACCUCGACAGCCUCAGGCCGCGCUUCGAGGCAGCGAUCGAAUACCAGAUACCCACGAGCAACAACACCAGCAGACUCACUACGGACACCAACAGCACCCUCCAAGCAAACCAUGCCUCACAGUCCAACUGCUGCUUCCCACCCAGCCCAACCAGCGGAUGGAUCAAGACAACAGUCAUCAACGACGGCCUCACCCUCGAGCUCCGAUGGAUCAGCCCCACCAGGAAGAGCCCCGAGGAGAACAGCACCAACCCCCUCGAGCCCCUCGACGCCAGCCCAUCCCACCAGCCCAUCCACUUCCACUUCCACCACAGGAUCAUCCCCAGCCCAUUCAUCACCAUCGCCCAAAACGACGACGAACACCCGGGCGAGCCGGACGAAGCAGAGGAGCAGAUCCUCGUCAUCCUCAUCCUAACCGAGAACUACACGCUCUACCGGCUGAAAUUCAGCUACCCCAAACUGUUCUACUCGGAACUCUUCGAAGAGGACUGGCUGACCGAGUACGAGGUAGAGGAGAUCGUCAACCGCCAGCUCAUCCUCACCCACGGCAUCGACGCCAACAACCUCAUCAUCUCAUCCUCAGACGGCAUCCUCACCCAUCUCAGCUGGGGCAAGCUCGUCGGAAUAAACGAAAGCUACGGCUGGAAGACCUCAAACCUGUCCUACAACCGAUCAUCAGCACUCUGGAACUUCCUGCCCACCAGCUGGUCCUCAUCCUCCAAAACUAUCAGCUCAUCAGCCCACGAAUGGAUCGCAACACCCACCUCAACCAUCUCCAUCGCAAGCCAUCUCACCGCAGGCUCCUCCGGGGAGGACGCCUGGCUCUUCACCAUCUCACGCGACCGGAAACUCAAAGCAUGGAGUCUGACCACUGGCCUCUGUCUCAAAGAACUCUCGCUCGUCCCAUCCAACUCAACCACCACCCAGCACUCUCUCCUUCCCGCCGCUCCACGCGCCCUCGCACGAUUUAUCUAUUCCGACCAGGGAGACGACCCAGCCUACGAGGGAUUCCUGAUCAUCUUCAUCCCAUCCACCGUCUCGCCCAGCUUUGUGACCUAUGGACUCUCACUGACGGCCGAGAAUCAGUUCAGAGACUUGGUCCUGCUCGAAGAACGUCCCUGCGACUGGAAUCCCCAGAACAGCGGCCGAUUGCAGAUGGGCGAAUUACGCGACUUUCAGAUCUCCAAGGUCGAUCUCUCCCUCAGCUUUACCACCUCGCCAUCCAAACAACGUCCAUGGGGCCUCUGGGCCGUCUGGGCUGAUGACAUCGGCGGCGAAGGCAUUCUCCAAUAUACCAUCUUACACGAGACCCGGAACUGGCAGGAGACCGUUCGAACCAGCUGGGUGACCAUCCAACCACCCGAUCGAAAGGCCCCAUGGAACUCGUCCUAUUUCGACGAGCUGCUAGCCAACGACCCGAGCUCGAGCGUCACCGAAGUCUUCAUCGACCAUCUCUUCCGCCCCGGCCACUUCUCAUCCUCCGACCUGGAAUACGCCCUCGAGACUUAUGAGGCCGGGCUGGAAGUAGAUGAGCAGCAGCCAGUCGAGACCGAUAACAGCGUCUAUGAGACGCUGGAGGAGAAGAUCUGUGCGGUGGUGGGCUCACAGGUCACGCUGGAGAUCUCCAAGCAGACCGGCGCCCCGAUGAUCGAAGGCUACCAUCGGAGGCUCCGGAUCGAAUGGCUCAAAUUCGCGACGAUGUGUGCCGAGAGUCGCGCCUCCUCGUUGUGGCCGAUCGAAUUGGCCGUCGAUGCCGACCGCCAACAGGUGUUCAUCAACGGCCGUCGCUCGAUCACCACCCCGGUACUGAUCGACACCGCCAGUCUGCUCUGCCAGCUCGUCGGCGCAGUCGACGCGGGCCAGCGGCCGCAACUGCUCGACCACCAGGUCUCUGGGAUCGACCAGUUCCAUCCGCUCCUCAGCAAUCUCCACAACCGACAGGACUUGGUCGCGCUCGUCGGCGCGAUCGACCGGCUGGUCGCCGGUCUCUCCCACGCGGAAGUCGUCAUGCCACUCGAGGAUGAGCUGGUGCAGAUCGUCCGGAAGCCGAUGAAGUUCUGGAUCGUCGAUCUCUACGACGAGCUCUUCCGUCGCCGGAUAGAGCCCGCCAUCGACGACCAUCUGCAAGCGCAAGUCGCCGACCAACUCGACCAAGUCAAAGGCCUCGAGCUGGCCUUCCAGCUUCUCUGGACCAUCCUGUCGACCUCCGAGCUGGUCCGGGCAGGGCCGGACGAGGGAGGAGAUGGGGACGGGGUGACGAUCCUGAGCCAGAUGUUCCUGUCCGACUACCUCGUCAACGUCUUGGAGAAGCGCUUCGAGCUGACCCGGAACGCGCUGAUCUUCCUGGUCUAUCUCUGUGGCGAGCCCUCCAAGCUGGGCGAGUUUGCCCACCUGGCCGCGCAGUAUCUGGUCAGUUUCCAACACUGCACGAUGGCCCGCUGGCUGGUCCGCCAGUCCGCCAAGAUCCCGGCCGAGCUCGCGUUCGAGAUCGAAGACAAGCUGGUGGACCGACUGGUGGACUUGCGUGUAUCCGAACUCGUGGGUCAUCCGGGGGGCGCGAUGAUCACAGAUGCGAACUCGGCAACGAGUCUGCUGAGCUCAUUAUUGCUGACAAAGUUCAUUCCUGAGCUGAACGGCCGCCUCAAGCUACCGGCCGCGCUUGCCGAGGCGGGCUCGAUCUUCCUCGAGCUCGCCGGCCUAUUCGCCAGGCUCUCCGGGCUCUCCGACCCCGAAAUCGAAGCCAUGCGACUCAUGCGCACCCCCCCUAACAUCGUCCUACUCGCACACUUCUUUCUCUGCGUCGACCGCCCCUCGAUCGCACUCGAACUCAUACAUUGCCUCCCUGAUACCGUCUCCGCCGUACAGUUCCUCCAGGGCUUGGCUCAUCUCAGAUCGGGCUUGAUCGAGGAGGCCGAAACCGGCUUCACGGAAGCCACUUCUGCCCUCUCCGAUGAGAACUUUGAACUGGAUGACCAAUCCGGUCUCUGGCUGGUCUUACCUGACCACGCAAAAAAAAGCAUGGCAUCAUAUUACAGUUACGUAGCCUCGCUAUUCGAGCCGAUCGGCGCCGAUCAAGCCGUGGCCAAGUUUUGUCAAAUGGCCAUCGACGCCUCUUUCCACACGUCCAGUGACCAUCAACAGGAUCCACUGGUCGUCUUGAAUCUCUGGGUGAAGUUGUUUAGGGCAUUUGUCCAUUUGGCGCUGUGGGACGAUGCCUAUCAGGCUUUGUUCAGCAUCCCUUCCCUCGAAAGUAAAUACGAUUGCUUGAGGACUUUAGUCUCGCACAUGUGUGAAGCUAAUGAGGUCGAUCGGAUGCUGAGGUUCACCUGGACGGGAUUGCAGAUCGAGUUCGAAAAAACGAUCGCCUUUCGGGCGCGAAAUUCAGAUCCACUUGGACUCCCGAAUUACUUUGCCAUCCUAUAUGCCUAUCACAUCAAUCGUGCCGAUUAUCGAAGUGCCGCGAUUUCGAUGUAUCAACAUGCUCGAAAGAUCGGCGACAUUGCCAUCAAAGGUGGGGCGUUCCAAUUCAUGAUGACGCAGCAAUGUCAAAGCUAUCUAGCGGCGAUCAAUGCCUUAUCGCUUGUCCCCGAGAAACAGGCGUGGAUACCGAUGAGUUGUUCGAAGACGGCAGCAGUAGACUCGUAUAGAAGCGAGGGUCGAGGGCAAGUGGGCGGGGAGGGAAAGCGGACGCGGAAACGGGUGACAUAUUACGUGCCGGAGGAAGAGUUUGUCGGCGGGACGCGGGACGUGGAGGUGCUGAAGCUGGCGGACAUCCGGGCGGAAUACACGCUGGUGUUGUCGCGUCUGCAGCUGGCAAACGAGCUACCCCAGCUCAGCCAGCCGGGGACGAGCACGACGAGCGGGGCGUAUCUGGACGGGUCGACGGUGGUGCCACUGGUUCUGAACCAAGGACGGGUGCAGGAUGCGCUCGAGAAGGCGGUCGUCCUGGGCACCGACCUUGUCCCGCUCUUCGUCCGCCUCACCGAGAGCUGCUGCCGGCUCUCGCUAGAGAACGCGCUCCCGGGGAGCCCGUUCGAUUUCCAGUGGGUCAACGGCGACCCGCUCGCGGCCCAUUGGGACACCGACGUCGCCGCCAAAGCCUGGCGGCUCCUCCAGCUUCAUCUCACUCGCAUCUUCCCAAUCAACUCUGCGGACCUCUCCGACGACCAUUCGCUCCUCGCUUGGUCCGCCAGAGAGGCCGUCCUCGAAACUAUCCUCAAAACUGAUCGGUCUAUCAAGAUUCCCCUCUGGCUCACCACCCUCUUCUUGGACCAUCACCCGCAAAAACUCUUAAAACUCUUCUUUAAAUACGACCUCAUCUUCGAUGCGUUCACCGUUGCUUUACACAUCAUCGACCAAGUUAAAAACUCGCAUGACGCGCUGAAUUCCGCGAAGACUUCGCUCCUCAGCCCCCCCAAAAAACAGAGCAUAAUGAUGGCCAUUCCGUUCACAGACAUCGACCAACUCCUGACGCUCACGCCCGCCGAUCUGGCGGCUCCUUCUACCUCUACUACUACCGAAGACGCCCAUCUCCCUCAGAAAAGUCUGCAACAAAAUGGCGAGGAGACUGGCGGGCCUCACGCCGGGCAGCUCGAAUCCGACGCGGCUCGGCUACAACAGCUCCAGAACUCUGUCUACUCUCAACUCAACCAAAUCUUUGGGUGA